CACCUCACAUGGCAUCUCACUGUCUCAGUGCCUACCUUAACCAAUUGGCUUUGUAUUUCCUUUUUUUUUUUUUUUAUUGAUUCCCGCAACCGUCCUUCCAUUUCCACUCGCAGCUUUUUUCAACGACGGCUCGAACUUUACACAGUUUUUACACGGUGACAAAGAGAAUCAACACAAAAGCCAACAAGCCAAGUUAACCUUAUUCUGUCAUUUGGCACCUCUCUCUCUCUCUCUACGUGCAGUCAAUAUGUUUGUAUAUAUGUGUGUGAGAGGGAAACCAUAGGACAAGGACAAGAUCAGAGAGCAUACCAUCUAGGGUGAAUUGUUGUUUGGGAGGUAAACGAGACAAACAUGGUGGGUAUUUUUUCCAGAUUUUCUGGCAGCAGGAAUGGUCAUCGUCGGACACAAAGUGCACUUGAUGACAGAGAAGUAUUGCCAACCAAUGCAGAAGCAGGGGGUACAGCUACUGCAGCUGGGGCGGCCUCUACUGCUACUCAUGGGAUUGAAAUUGCGGUUGAGUUUAAGCCAGUAGAACACCCUACUGAGCCUCUUGACAAUGAUCUGCCAAUUCAAUGCCCAUUGCCUGAACCUUCAAUUCUUAAUGAUGGAAGAAUAUGGAAGGAGCGAGUAUCUGCAGGCGUGCAGAGAAGAGCUGAUCUUCCAGUUAUGCAGGAAGGCAACCCUGUAGAACCCGGGACAGUUGAAACAAGACCCCGACCCCCUUCCAAUCGUGGGAUUCUGCCAUCGAUCAGUGCCCCUGAACACAAUAUCCUCCAACUGCUUGAAGAAUGCAAUGCAUCUGGGAUUUGAAAUUACAUGUUAUAGGUUCAAGGUUGAAAUCUUUUUGUCAUUAUAGGCAUAUAAAGUUCAAAGUGUUACCGGUGUUUCCCUUGUUUCAGUCUCUUUUCUUCUUUGUUCUGCUCAAUCAAUUUGGAAAUAUGUAAAUGUACGAAGCAUUCAGAAAACUCACACAACAUGCAUGUGUAUUCCACAGAAGAUUGAAAAGGUUCAGUUAAUAAAUCUGCGAUGCG